CUUUGAAGGAAAGAAGGAAGUGCUUGGGCGUCGCAGAGCGGGAGAAGCGGACUAAGAGGGAGCAGUAUGUCCGCGGAAGUCCCCGAGGCAGCCUCCGCGGAGGAGCAGAAGGAAAUGGAAGACAAAGUGACUAGUCCAGAGAAAGCUGAAGAAGCAAAAUUAAAAGCAAGGUAUCCUCAUCUGGGACAAAAGCCUGGAGGUUCAGAUUUUUUAAGGAAACGAUUGCAGAAAGGGCAAAAAUAUUUUGAUUCUGGGGAUUACAACAUGGCUAAAGCGAAAAUGAAGAACAAGCAACUUCCUACUGCAGCUCCGGAUAAGACAGAAGUCACUGGUGACCACAUUCCUACUCCACAGGACCUUCCUCAACGGAAACCAUCUCUUGUUGCUAGCAAGCUGGCUGGCUGAUUAAAAGAGCUGAACUGCAUGAAUCUUCUAAUUCCCUUUAUUUCUCCUUAAUAUGUUACUUCUCCACUUUUUAUUUCCUUUCACUCACUAAGUCAUUUGAGAGUUAUGGCUUUGCAGGUAGUGGUAGUGUGUGUGUAAGGGAAUAUACAUGUGUAGAGUUUUGAUUAGUUUAACAGUGCACUGAUGAAAAGAACAUGUUAGAGCAAUGUAAUCUACUUGAAGAUAAUUGUAUAUAUUACCUAACUCCUAGUGUAGGGCUGGUUCCAACAAGUAACAAGCAAGUUUUACAAUUUUAAUGUUUUGGCUUUCUUUAAUUCAUCUUAAUUAUAGCUUUGUAUGUUACUCUUAUUUAAUGUAACCUCUAUUGUAUUGAUUUCUUCUGUAUUUUCCUUUUGGAUUUUGUAAAACAGAAGUUUAAGACCACAAGUUAGAAGGUCACAUAUUUCAAUGAGAAGAAAGGUCACAUAUUUCAAACACAAAUAGAUGGGGCUUCAAAAGAUUUGUAUCCUGUCCUUGAACUUGAAUGGCCUUAAAUCUGUUUCAGCUUUAACAAUAGAAUUUUACUUGGGCAAUAUUUGCCCAUUCUGGUGUAACUUAUGUGACUCUAGUGCUUAACAGCUGCUGUUGAAGCUAGUAUUCUUACUCAGUUCUGUAGUGUUAGAAUACCUUUUGUUGUUGAAGAUGUGAAUGAAGUGUGCAUGUGCAUCGACUGUUGAAUUCACUUUUGUGCCAUUUUUGUAAAUACAGUAGUUUUGCACAACCUCUCACAA